CUUUCAAAUAGAGUGUUUUGAAACCCUCUCUAUUUGGCCCAAUUAUAAAUGGACAUGUGGCUGUUUAUGCCACCUCAUUUUAAUGAGCUUACAGUUAUGUAUAUUUCCUAUUUAGUCCCAGGGAUGUCAUUGCAAAAAAAACUUAUCUCUAACCCUUCUUCCCUCUACCUACGCCGUUUCCACCAUCUCCAUCAUCCUCCACUCUCUCUCCCUCAACGCCCGUUACUCUCUCUCUCAAUCUCCGGCAUAUCUUGGUGGGACGAAAACCAGUGAGACGCCUGGGCGGGAUGUCGGAUGCCCUUUCUAUUGCCGCCGAUCUGGGCUUCGCCGUUUCUCCCCCUCCGUCACAAGUAACCUCGAUUUCAUUCAUUCCCUCGAUUGCCGCCGAUCUGGGCUUCUCCGUUUCUCCCCCGCCGUUUCUCCCCUCCCUCAACGCCCGUUACUCUCUCCUUCACAUUCAUUCCCUCGAUUUCACUGUUAAGUCAUCAUCAAAUGGAACAUCAAUUGGCUCUGGUGAAAAGAGCGAUGAAUUGGUAAGGGUGUUGAAGGAGCUUACUGCUGUCCAAAGAAAAAUUGCAGACUUGCAAGUGGAGCUUCAGGGCAGAAAGCUCCCACCAUCUCAAUCUUUUAUCCCACUCGUUUCCACCCACCCUGUACAUACCAUCCCUCUCUCUAGCCCUCUCUCGGUUUCAUUUAUGUUCUUCGUCGCCUAACUAAUUACGUGAGAAAUUAUAUAUCUGUUGCAGACACAUUGCAAGCAUGGAAAGUUGUCAACCCAACAUGAUUCAAAAAAGAAUAAAAUAUCAAAAGAAAUUGAAUCAAGAGAAGGGGUUUAU